AUGCCCGGGACAUUACUCACUCCUCGAUCCAAGCGGCACCACGCGCAAAUGGAGCGAACCUCAGCGGCAGAGCCAGAUCUUUAUUUGAUCUCAAGCGAGGAUGUGAUCUACGAGCAGGAUCUUCUCCGAGAUCCCGGGAGCAUCAAACCAUGGCUGUCCUACAUUGAAUACAAGAAGCAAAAUGGAACACUCUACGAACAAGCCUUCGUUAUGGAACGGGCAUGCAAGCAAUUACCUCGGUCCUACAAGUUAUGGAAACUAUACCUCGAAUUUCGAACCAAUCAUCUGCGUGGCCGCAAUCCUGCUCUUCACCAUGACGAAUACCACAAAGUUAAUGGGCUUUUCGAGCGUGCCUUGGUCUUGCUCAAUAAAAUGCCUCGAGUAUGGGAAAUGUAUUUGUCUUUUUUGUUGGAGCAACCAUUGGUCACACAGACUCGUCACACCUUUGAUCGCGCGCUUAGAGCUCUACCAAUUACUCAGCAUAACCGGAUUUGGAAGCUAUAUAAGUCUUUCGCUCGGUCGGCUUCGGGUGAUACCGCCAUCCAAAUAUGGGGACGGUACAUGCAAGUCCACCCUGAGACUACAGAAGACUACAUUGAGUUUCUUGUGGAACUUGGCCACUACACAGAAGCUGUUAAGAAGUAUAUGGCAAUUCUCAAUGAUGCAGCUUUUCGGUCAAAAGAAGGCAAGGGUCACUUUCAGAUUUGGAGCGAAAUGGUGGAGCUGCUCGUGAACAAGGCCAAACAAAUCGACACCAAGGCUCAUGGAGGUAUAGAUGUUGAAUCUAUCAUUCGCAGCGGUAUUGAUCGAUUUUCUGACCAAAGAGGGAGACUUUGGGCGGGACUUGCAACUUACUGGAUAACCAAGGGUAAUUUUGAAAAGGCGAGAGACGUCUUUGAAGAAGGUAUCACUACGGUCAUGACUGUACGCGACUUCACUAUGAUCUUUGAUUCUUAUGUGGAGUUUGAAGAGUCCAUUAUCGGCACCCUGAUGGAUCAAGCCGCUAUUCGGUCCAAGAAAGGAAAGGUUGAUGAAGAUGCAGAUUUCGACCUUGAUUUGCGCAUGUUACGGUUUGAGCAGUUGAUGGAUAGGCGGCCAUUCCUUGUGAAUGACGUUCUCCUCAGACAGAAUCCGAAUAACGUUAUUGAAUGGGAAAAGCGAGUUGGUCUGUGGGGUGAGAAUAAGACUGAGGUUGUCAAUACUUAUACCGCUGCUAUUGCUGCCAUAAACCCUAAGAAGGCACACGGUAAGUUCCAUGAGUUGUGGGUCAACUACGCCAAAUUCUACGAGCAAGGAGGCGAUCUUGAUACUGCCCGGAUCAUAUUUGAUAAAGCUGUCAAAGUACCUUUUAAGACAGUUGCGGAGUUAGCCGAGACGUGGUGCGAAUGGGCUGAAAUGGAACUUCGGAAUGAAAACUUCGAUAGGGCCGUCAGUAUCAUGACCAAAGCUACUCAAGCUCCGAAGAGAUCCACAGUGGACUAUUUUGAUGAAACCCUUUCUCCUCAGCAGCGAGUACACAAGAGUUGGAAACUUUGGAGUUUCUAUGUGGACCUUGUAGAAAGCGUCGGCACCAUCGAUGAAACCAAGAAAAUUUACGACAGAAUUUUCGAGCUACGAAUUGCCACGCCUCAGACUGUGGUCAACUUCGCCAAUCUUCUAGAGGAAAAUCAGUACAUCGAAGAGUCUUUUAAAGUCUACGAGCGUGGUUUGGAUCUAUUCAGCUAUCCGGUCGCAUUUGAACUUUGGAAUUUAUACUUGACAAAGGCGGUGGAUCGCAAAAUCAGCAUUGAAAGGCUGCGAGAUCUUUUCGAACAGGCGCUGGAUGGGUGCCCUCCAAAAUUUGCCAAGGUAUUGUAUUUAAUGUAUGGCAACUUGGAGGAAGAAAGAGGCCUUGCCAGACACGCUAUGCGUAUUUAUGAACGUGCCACUAGGGCUGUCUCCGAUGAGGAUCGCUUCGAGAUGUUCAACUUCUAUAUUACUAAAUCCGCAUCCAACUUCGGUCUGACCUCAACGCGGCCAGUUUAUGAGCGGGCAAUUGCUGCUUUGCCAGAUAACGAGGCUAAAGAUAUGUGCCUCAAGUUUGCGGAGAUGGAGAGAAGACUCGGUGAAAUUGAUCGUGCUCGUUUAAUCUAUGGACAUGCUUCGCAAUUUUGUGAUCCCCGAACCAAUGCAGGUUUUUGGCAGAAAUGGGAAGCAUUUGAGGUCCAGCAUGGGAACGAAGACACGUUCAAGGAAAUGCUCCGCAUCAAAAGAAGUGUCCAGGCACAGUAUAACACUGAUGUCAACUUUAUUGCAUCCCAAGCUAUUGCUCGCAGUCAGCAACAACGUUCCCAACAGAAUGGUGAAGCAGAAAUGCAAGACGAAGAACCAGAAAAAGAACAAGCAGAUGCCAUGGCAGCACUGGAGCGCCAAGCCCGUGCUCCAGUUGGAUUUGUUGCUGCAAGCACUGGGCCAGAGGGCGGAAAUCGUCCCCCACCUGCUUCUCAAGAGCCUGUACCUCCGAUAAAUGCCAAUCCCGACGCCAUCGACCUAGAUGAUGAUGAGGACAUGGAUGAGUGA